AUGUCACAGCAAGGUCAGAUUCCCAUCCAAGCUCUUCUCCUCCUGGGGCUGAACCCCGUGUCCACUUCCCUACAAGAUCAGCGCUGUGAGAGCCUGUCCCUGGCCAGCAAUGUCUCUGGCCUGCAUUGCAAUGCCUCCGUGGACCUCAUUGGCACCUGCUGGCCCAGGAGCCCUGCAGGGCAGUUGGUGGUUCGGCCCUGCCCUGCCUUUUUCUACGGUGUCCGCUACAACACGACAAACAAUGGCUACCGGGAGUGCCUGGCCAACGGCAGCUGGGCAGCCCGCGUGAAUUACUCCGAGUGCCAGGAGAUUCUCAACGAAGAGAAGAAGAGCAAAGUGCACUACCACAUCGCGGUCAUCAUCAACUACCUGGGCCACUGCAUCUCCCUGGCAGCCCUCCUGGUGGCCUUUGUCCUCUUUCUGCGUCUCAGGAGCAUCCGAUGCCUGAGAAACAUCAUCCACUGGAACCUCAUCUCGGCUUUCAUACUGCGCAAUGCCACAUGGUUUGUGGUCCAGCUCACCAUGAACCCCGAGGUCCACCAGAGCAAUGUGGGAUGGUGCAGGCUGGUGACGGCUGCCUACAACUACUUCCACGUCACCAACUUCUUCUGGAUGUUUGGUGAGGGCUGCUACCUACACACCGCCAUUGUGCUCACCUACUCCACCGACCGGCUGCGCAAAUGGAUGUUCGUCUGCAUCGGCUGGGGUGUACCUUUCCCCAUCAUUGUGGCAUGGGCCAUCGGGAAGCUGUACUACGACAAUGAAAAGUGCUGGUUUGGCAAACGUCCUGGAGUGUACACUGACUACAUCUAUCAGGGCCCCAUGAUCCUGGUCCUGCUGAUCAACUUUAUCUUUCUCUUCAACAUUGUCCGCAUCCUCAUGACCAAACUCCGGGCAUCCACCACGUCUGAGACUAUUCAGUACAGGAAGGCUGUGAAGGCCACUCUGGUGCUGCUGCCCCUGCUGGGCAUCACCUACAUGCUAUUCUUUGUCAACCCAGGAGAGGACGAGGUCUCCAGGAUUGUCUUCAUCUACUUCAACUCUUUUCUGGAGUCCUUUCAGGGCUUCUUCGUGUCUGUGUUCUACUGUUUUCUGAACAGUGAGGUCCGCUCCGCUAUCCGGAAGAGGUGGCAUCGGUGGCAGGACAAGCACUCCAUCAGAGCCCGCGUGGCCCGUGCCAUGUCCGUCCCCACCUCCCCGACCAGAGUCAGCUUCCACAGCAUCAAGCAGUCCUCGGCAGUGUGA